GGCCCCAGAGCCGCGCCUGGGACGUAGCAGAAGCGUCGGAGAUUCCCGGUGGCCGCGCGCACAGCUUUCCAGCCUCCGUUCUGGUCUCCGCCCCGAGGAUGCCGCAGUCGCUGAGCGCGUGGGACGGGCCCCUGAGCCUUGCCGAGGCGGACGAGAAGCCGGCGCGCCCGCUGCGGGUCCGCUAUGGGGCUGUGGAGCUCCGGGAGCUGGGCCAGGAGCUCACCCCAACCCAGGUCCAGAACUGUCCCACAUCCAUUGACUGGGAGGGCUGCGACCCGCAAAAACUCUACACCUUGAUUCUCACAGACCUGGAUGUUCCCAGCAGGGUGGAUCCGAAACUCAGAGAGUGGCACCAUUUCCUGGUGACCAACAUGCAAGGCAACGACAUUGGCAGCGGGUGCAUUUUGUCGGAUUAUAUUGGAUCUGCGCCUGCCAAGGGAACAGGACUUCACCGCUAUGUGUGGCUGGUCUACGAGCAGCCGCAGCGACUGACCUGCGACGAGCCCAUCCUGAAUAAACUUACCGCUGCCAAGCGCGAGAAGUUCCGAGCCUCGUCCUUCCGCAAGAAGUACGGAUUGGGUGCACCUGUGGCAGGCAUGUGCUACCAGGCUGAGUGGGACAGCCAUGUGCCAAAGAUCUACGAGCAGCUUGGCGUCAAAUAGCCUGCCAUGUGAAUCUCAUUGCAACAGAGUAAAAAAAAGAGGGUGGUAUCUAACAUUAAGCCCUACUUGGAACACUCUCGCUGAAAACAGUGGGCGUGAUUCUAAUCUAUUGACUUCAGUGGGUCUACUCUUGAGUAGAAUGCAAUCCAAUGAGCACAGGGAGAUUUGUGGCAGUUUGCCCUUAACUUGGCAAGCCCUUUUCAGGUGCUGUAUAAUAAAAGCAACCAAAAAAAAUCCUUGUCCUGACUUCCCCAUGCAUUGAAAGAACAGAUUGAGGUUGAAUCCUGACAAGACAGAAGUACUGUCUUUGGGGGACAGGGGGCUGACUGGCGUGGAGGACUCCCUGGUCCUGAAUGGCGUAACUGUGCCCCUGAAGGACCAGGUGUGCAGCCUGGGAGUCAUUUUGGACUCACAGCUGUCCAUGGAAGUGCAGGUCAAUUCUGUGUCCAGGGCAGCUGUCUACCAGCUUAAGGUUACCAGAUUUUUUUCCCAAUGAAUCCGGGGACACUUUUCAACUUCAAUGGAUUUUGUAUGGGGACUGAUUUGUAAAGCCGGGGACUGUCCCCGGGAAAUGGGGAUGUCUGGUAACCUUAUACCAGCUCCACCUGCCCAUGGACUGUCUCACCAGAGUGGUGCAUGCACUAGUUAUCUCCCGCUU